AACAUUAAAAACGCACAGUUUUAUGAAACGUUGUUGGAAGAAGAAUAUUUGCAAAGGUUAUAAAUCAGUUCAAAAUGGCAAGCACAGGAGUGAAAAUGUUUGCAAGAUUUACAUUUUAUCCAACGCUUUUAUAUAAUGUAUUAAUGGAAAAAGUUUCAUCACGAAAUUGGUAUGAUAGAAUCGACGAAGUAGUUAUAUUAGGUGCCCUACCGUUUCGCGGUAUGACAAAACAGUUAAUAACUGAAGAAAAUGUUAAAGCUGUUGUUUCGAUGAAUGAAGAUUAUGAAUUACGAGUAUUUUCUAACACUGAAAAGGAAUGGCAGAUACACAAUGUUGAAUUUUUGCAAUUAUCUACAACAGAUAUAUUCCAGUCACCUUCACAAGAAAAGUUACUACUUGGUGUAAAUUUUAUUAACAAGUUUCAUAAUAUACCGACUAAUAUCGAUGACGAAACUUACCCUCAUGGAAGUGUUUAUGUACAUUGUAAAGCAGGAAGAACACGCAGUGCAACAUUAGUUGGGUGCUAUUUAAUGAUGAAAAAUCAAUGGACUCCAGAGGAAGCAGUAGCAUACAUGAAACAAAAAAGACCUCAUAUACUACUACAUACAGCACAGUGGAAUGCGCUACAGAUUUUCUAUAAAAAUCAUAUAGAGAGUAGUAAAUUAUUUAAAUAAAUACAAGAUUUAUAAAUCUGUUAUUAUUGUUACAAUAAUAUGUACAAAAAACUUAAUUCGUUAUAGACUAGUUCUGAACGACUAUUUUCCUUGUAUAUAUUUAUAACUUACUUUGUAAAAUAGAAUUUCAACUGUUUUUUA